AGGACGGUAGAAAGGUUUAACCUUGAGCACGCCAAAACGCGAUCGCCGUCACUCCUUUCCCAAAACCCAUGUUGUGCUCAAACAUCCAAACAACUCGAAGAGAAAAAUCUGAGUUACUUAACAAAAAUGCAUUGAGAUUUCGAACAAUCCAUUGCCCGCCACUAUCUCCUUUUUUCAAUAAAUCUCCACUCCUUGAGACAUCCUACACUCACUUGCCGCCACUUGAAGAUCUAUUGGAGUGCUCAGUCAAUUUUGUGUGACCUUUUGCUUCCACUCUGUUGGUCCACAAGCUCCUGAGAGGGAGCAACACUAACUGAACUGCCUCCAAAUUGAAUGUCAGUUUAAACAAAGUGCCCCAAAUCUGUAAACGUAUUCUCUGAACUUUUUGUUUUUCCUUGCAAAGUGCUUGUAAGAGAUAACUGGCCAUAAAAUAAUAUAAACCGCUUUUGUUUUCAACCUCUAAACUAAACAUGUAUCCUUGGGGACCAGCUGGAAAGGGCGAUUGCAUGGUUGACUAGUUAAAAAGUCAGCUUUCAAGUCAGACCUCAUGAAAGUGAAGUGGUUUCUAUUCACGAGACGCUUGUUGAAAAGAGUGAGGAUUGUUCAUCCUCAGCUUCCAGCAUCGUUGUUAGCUGCCACUCGCAUUUUUGCCAAGCCAGAGGCAUCUACACUUCAAAGUGUGUGAUGGCAGGCCUUUAUAUUACCACUGUCCUGUAAUCAUGCAUUCUCUGAAUGGGGGGAAUUGAUUUUUGCCUAUUUUCUGGGACACUGUGUUUCCGUUUGCUUUUAAUCUCAAACUAAAUGAAGAAAUUGGUCAAAAAUGGGGGAAAAAGGCAGAUAACUAAAUCUCAAAUGAAGGAUCUUCAUGUUGAUAUUCGACCUCUACUGUUAGGCAGACAUGUCAACCACUAGAGCACUGCUCAGCCGAAAAACGCAACCUACAAUAACCAUAAUUUCUGAUGAUGAACAAUUAGUAGUAGCAUAAUUUUUUUAAUUGUUAUGGUGCUCCGAUGAAUUUAUACAAAUGGUCCCUGUAGGAAAAAAGGCACCACCUCUCACGUUGUAUAAACUGUUGUGCUACCUUAAUUUGCUAUUCAUUAGAACUGAAUGAAAUAAACGUCCUUCUGCAGUGUUUAAAAAAAAGAGCCCAAAUUAAAAAUGGACUUAUAAUCAUGUUUACCAGAGAUAAAUAUGAUGUUAGUUCUGAUUAAAGCUGAUUAAUAUUGACAAAUCAAUUGAAGUCACUUACACACACACUUCAAAACUCACGUUGCUGACCGAAUACUGAUUGGGGAGCCACUUGGUCUGAUUGGAUAAUUGAGGACGUGAUCGGAGUGGUUGCUGGUGGAGAAGGUCAUGCCCUUCCGGCCCGCUAGUGACGUGUGGGGAGUUUAAUGACCGAUGAGACACUUGAAUAUAAAAUAAAUCAUCCAAAAUAUUUUAGCCCAUACUUUUUCAGUUUAGCAUAGAACGCCAUAAUGUUUUUUUGUUUUGUUUUUUGUAGUUGAUGGGCUGUUGCAUAUAUCUCCCAAUUUUUGUAGAAAUAGGUGAACCCUACGCCUGAGAAAGCUUAAUAAAAAAAUAAUUUUAAAAAGCUCAAUUUGAUGCUGUCUUUGGGAGAGCCCCGGGUGCUCUGUGGACCUCAAAAAGGAGUGUGAGUUGACCAUUAUCUUAGGCACAUCUUGCGGCUGGACCAGUUCCUGAUGGUCACUGCGCACCACUUCUAUCUUGGAAAAGAUGGUGCCCCCCCCCCCCCCCGCCAGGUGGGUGGAGAUGUCAGUGACAGGAGCCUCCCCUGCUUGCCCCGACCACAUGCCCCUGACGCAUGUGAGGUUCAUGUGAGGUGCCCUUCAGUCAGCUCUAAAAAUUGCAGACUUGGUCAUGGCUCUGUGGACAGCAGCAUCCUUCUUCCUGACUUUCUCUUUGGGUGUUCAUUGCUGGCAUGAUCUGGACAACACGGAGUAUGACUGCUGGCCCAGCAACAAUCCAAAUGAUUACAACAUGAUAAGCUGUGGUGGUCUGGAGAUGGCUUGGGUGCAGCGCCCCCCGGAGAAAGUCGCCGACGGGGAGGAAUUCAAUGUUUCAUACACCGUCACGGCCUCAGAUUCCUUCUACGACUACGCUGUCCGUAACAAGAUUUUCCAGUUCAGAGACGCUGCAGAGGCGAAGCGAUUCUGUCAUGAUCACGAGUGCCCAUCCAACUGGAACAACGCCAAUGAACUCAACUGUUGCGUGUAUCACGCCAACAUCCACUCGUGUCCUCUGGGCCUCAUGAAACAAGGCGGUAUCUGCGGCCCGUGGAUUCCCGAUGAUGGCAAAAUAGUCACUCAUACAGUGUCCAAAGCAGGCAAGAUGAGCCAGAAAUACUGGACCUCAAAGGUGGUGUUGAUCCAUGUCGGUGUCACUUCAGUUAUUGCCCAUAUCAAAAUCGGACAAAUGCAUGCGGCACUGGAAUCCAAAGUGCUUGUUGUCAGUGCUCAAGUGUGUGGGGACGAUCUCUGUGAGGGGGAGGAGAACUGUCUCAACUGUCCUGCUGACUGCGGCAUCUGCCCCAUGUCCAUGGCCAUCAAGGUGUCCAUCGGCCUCCCCGUCGCACUUUUUAGCGCCGGAUUCAUCCUAACCAUGGUGUGGCUUCAGUACCAGAAACAGAAGAUGUUUUGGGAUGAAAGCUGGAUCAUUGACUAUAAGAGUAUCAUUUUUGGGAGAGAGUGUGGGACAGACUUUGGCAGCACAACGAGCGCCCGGCAUGUGAAGAGCACUUCCAAUGUCAGUCAGUUGACUGACAUAACCAUAUGCACGGGCUUCAACACCUUCUUCAAGCAGGGCUUCAUCCAGUCUGGCAUCUAUGACGGCAGAACGGUUGCAGUCAAACACAUCCAAAAGAAACACUUUGCUCUCUCUAAAACUAUCAGGAAGGAGGUGAAAGAGGUCAGACAACUGGACCAUCCAAAUCUUUGCAAGUUCAUCGGGGGCUCCAUCGAGGUUCCGUAUGUGGCCAUCAUCACUGAACACUGCCCCAAAGGAAGCCUGUCGGACGUCCUCCUCAAUGAUGAUAUCCCAAUCAACUGGGGCUUUAGAUUGUCCUUUGCUACCGACAUUGCCCGUGGAAUGUCCUACCUGCACCAACACAAGAUGUUUCACGGGAGACUACACUCCAGGAACUGUGUCAUUGACGAUCGCUGGGUUUGCAAGAUCGCUGAUUACGGUCUUACACGCUACAGAAAGGAGGACUUUGAUGUAGUGAGUAAUGGGUUCACUUGCGGCGAAGUCAAUCACGUCUACUGUGCUCCAGAGGUCCUCCUGGGAAGUAGCUCGACCAUGACGCCGGCAGCAGACGUCUACAGCUAUGCCAUGAUCCUGGUUGAGAUUGCCACUCGCUCUGACCUGAUUUCAGAUCAGGAGGAAGGAGUGAGGCUGGAUAUCAUAUGGCGCCCUCCUCUCCCCGAACUCAAAGCAGGAAAAACUGAUGUGGACUGCCCCAGUCAAGAGGACUACUCUGAGCUCAUCAAGAAGUGUUGGUCUCAAAACCUCACCACAAGGCCAACAUUUGAGCAGGUCAAGAAAAUGCUGGACAAGAUGAACCCAAACAAAGUCAGCCCCGUGGACAUGAUGAUGAACCUGAUGGAGAAGUACAGCAAACACCUGGAGGCCAUAGUUGCCGAGAGAACACAGGAUCUUCUUCAAGAGAAACAGAAGACUGAUCGCUUGUUAUACAGCAUGUUACCAAAGCCGGUUGCUGAUGACCUUCGCCAAGGUCGAACCACAGAGGCUCAGAGCUUCUCCAACGCUACUGUCUACUUCAGUGACAUUGUGGGCUUCACCCAGCUGUCGGGGGCCAGCACGCCCCAUCAGGUCGUGGACUUCCUCAACCAGCUCUACACUACCUUUGACGACAUCAUUGACAAUUACGACGUUUACAAAGUGGAGACCAUUGGCGACGCUUACAUGGUGGUCUCAGGGGUCCCCCAAGAAAAUGGCAUAAAUCACGCUGGGGAGAUCGCCAGCAUGGCCUUGGAUCUGGUCAGCGUUUGCCACACGUUCAAGAUCCCCCACAAGCCCAACACACAGCUGAAGAUACGUGCAGGCAUCCACUCAGGACCUGUUGUAGCUGGUGUGGUUGGAACCAAAAUGCCUCGUUACUGCCUCUUUGGAGACACUGUCAACACGGCAUCACGAAUGGAAUCAACAAGUGAAGCCUUGAAGAUCCAAGUGAGUGGGGCCACAGCUGACCUUCUUCACAUGUUGAGGGGAUACAUUCUCACCUGCAGAGGGACACUAAAUGUGAAGGGCAAAGGUGAGAUGAAAACAUGGUGGCUCGAGGCCAAGCGAAGCGAGUGCACGGAUCCGUUGCUCAACACGUCAGAGUUGAUAGGAGGACCCGCGCCAGUUAGUGACUGAUCCUGGCCAACAUAUCCAAGCGUUGAACAAGACGUAAACAUGUGCAGUGACCGAUUACGUGUUGUGUUGUGCAAUGAAUCUGUGUUGCAUGGAAGUCACCCGAGUUGUAAGGGUUGAGCUUUGUUGUCAGUGUAGUGACAACAUUGUAUAGUACUUCCACUGUAGCCGCAAUGUCAAGCGACAUCGUACUUAGACGGUUUAUUAAAUGUCCCCAUUGUUUGUCUGUGGUUUUCCUGUCAUGCAGCAACUGCCUCAAUAUUAGGUACGAAUUUAUAAUGCAAGAGCUGUCACAGAAAUGAUCCACGGACAAUAGCGCUCACACUGUCAGUGUUUGUGAUUUUACAUGUUCAUUCAAGUGGUUGUAAUUUUCUGCACUGCAUCAUACAUCAUUUAAUAAUGAGAGUAAAAGAUGAUGAUGAUGGUCAUUCAUCAUAUUGAGACUCUGCUUUGUUACUGUGCACGGGAACUUUAACGUUCGAAACAUAGCAGUUGUACACUACCAUCACGACCACAGUUGUAAACACGUUGUUAAUUUAAGAACUCACUAUCGCAGUCAUGCAGAAUAACUGGGAGUCGCGGCUUGGAGUUUGAAGCGGAUUACAGAAGUGCACUAAUCUCUUUUUGUCAAUGGACGCUAGAGCUUCGUAUUUGCUUUCAAAACUUAGCUUGUAGCAGACGUGUGCACAUUUUCAGCAUGACGUCUCUGACCCACUGGUGAAAGGACACUUUGAUUCUCUCCUCUUUCAUCUAUAACUGCUUCAGACAACAAACUAUGCAGAAAAGUGGUGAAGAUUGCACGACUGUCUGUGUCCUAUGUGUUGUGUUGUGUUAUUUUUGUUAUUUUGACUUCAAAAUGGCGCA